GAAAUCUGAGUCUAGAGUUCUUUUUUUUUUCGUCUGCUUUUCCAUAAAAAGAACAGAAUACUUCUAAAAAUUGUGUCAGAUUGUUAAAAAUGGAUUUUAACUCGUCGUUGGAAAGUAUUCGAUUCGUUCACGGCUAGGAGAAUCACUGGAUUCGAAAUCUGAGUAUCGAAACCGAGUCUGUUUUUAGAACUGUUGACAUGCCGUUUAUUGACCAAUAAGUGAUGGGCUGAUCAUAUUGUGACUGUUCGGUGGAGAGUAGGAAAUUGGAACCAUCAACAUUUGUGCAUCAUAAUCUCCCACAUAGGGCAAUGCAAAAGAAAAUGUCAAAAUCUCGUCAAAAAGAACAUCCAGGGUAGAGAGGAGUCUGCUUUCCUCUGCCACAGAAGGUCGUGAGGGAAGGCGAUGAAGGAAAAGUCCAAGAACGCUGCCCGAUCGAGGCGUGAGAAGGAGAACGCUGAAUUUCUGGAGCUGGCCAAGUUGCUGCCCCUCCCCUCCGCUAUCACUAGCCAGCUGGACAAGGCCUCCAUCAUCCGACUCACCACCUCCUACCUCAGGAUGAGGGAAGUCUUCCCGAAAGGUCUUGGUGACGGUUGGGGAGCUGCACCACCUAUUGCAAAUCCCUUAGAAAGCGCCAUAAAAGAACUAGGUUCGCAUCUCCUUCAAACACUUGACGGUUUUGUCUUCGUUGUAGCACCUGAUGGGAAAAUAAUGUACAUUUCAGAAACUGCUUCCGUCCAUCUGGGCCUAUCACAAGUUGAGUUGACGGGCAACAGCAUCUACGAAUACAUCGACCCGACCGACCACGACGAGAUGGCCGCUGUCCUGUCUCUGCAACCGCCUCCCUUGCAUCACCAGAUUCCUGUACCACAGGGUGUGGAAUUCGAACUGGAGAGGUCUUUUUUCGUCCGAAUGAAAUGUGUUCUUGCCAAGCGAAAUGCCGGCCUUACGUCUGGGGGUUACAAAGUAAUCCACUGCAGCGGGUAUCUGAAGGUGCAAAGGUAUACCGUGGACACGUCGCCGUACGACAGCUGCUUCCAGAACAUGGGUUUGGUGGCUGUUGGUCACUCCUUGCCUCCCAGUGCCAUCACCGAGAUCAAGAUGUACUCCAACAUGUUCAUGUUCAGAGCCAAUAUGGACCUAAGACUAAUCUUCUUGGACGCCAGAGUGACGAAUUUAACAGGCUACCAGCCGCAAGAUUUAAUAGAAAAAACGUUAUAUCAUUACAUCCAUGGAGCUGAUUGUGUCCAAAUGCGAUAUUCUCACGAUACUCUAUUGCACAAAGGUCAAGUGACGACAAAGUACUACCGAUUCCUGACCAAAGAUGGCGGCUGGAUUUGGAUGCAGAGCUACGCUACUGUUGUCCAUAACACCCGGUCUUCACGGCCGCAUUGUAUUGUUAGCGUCAACUACGUGCUAAGCAAACAAGAAGCCGAAAGCAUGCAGUUGGAAGUAGAGCAGGUACGGAAACCGGACUCUCUCUACUCGUCGUCCAUUUCAACGACUCAAGGCAAUACCACGAACGGUACAUCGUCCACGACGCCUACACGGAACAGGCACCAGAAGGCCAAGAAUAGGAAGUCUCCCUAUCUGUAUGAUGAAGCAAAUAUGGGUUGCCUGAGAGGCGAUGCAGUGGAUCCUUGCCUUUUCGAGAUGAACUCCUUUCCGUUGCACCAUGCUGCUUUUUCGGCUGUCACGCACUCACCUUAUUCCGAAAUCGGAGGUCCAAAUCCACCCCCACAAUAUCCUCACUCGCCCCACGUGGCUAUGGGAUUGUUGGAUCCGGGGGGUGGAAGCUUCCUGCCACACUAUCCUCCACAACGGAUCUCACCUCUGCCCCACAUUGAGGCUCCAUAUGACAGGGAAGAAAGGUACUCCGUGCAGAGCUACACUUCUUUCCCUCCGUGUGAGGCCUCUGUAAUGUCUUCAUCUCCAGAUGUCGAGACAGAUCCACUGCAGCCAUUGCCCUGUGCCAUGCCUCCUCAACAAGAAAUGUGUUCGGCCCCCAUUGGAUACGUUCCACCGGUCGCACCACAAGCCCAUGAAAUGGGUGUCAAUCACCACAUUCUAUACACAACACCUGUCGGUAACGGAGGACCUUUCAGUAGUCCGUCGGACUCCAUGUUGUCAGAAUCGGACCUUGAUAGCUUUCAAAACGGACGGACAGAUUCACCAAGAUCUACAUCAUCCACGUCUUCACCCCUCCAUCAUCAACACAGCAGCAACAAGCAACCAUCAAGUGCCUUAGGACCCGUUCUUCGCGGUGGUAGCAGUAGCAACAGCAACAAUCACUACAAGUCCGUCAUCACGGCCACCAACUUGCAGAGGCCGGCGGACUACAUCAGCCAGAGACUGACAAAGCAGCAGCAAUUCCAGCAACGAACCUACGCCAGUUGCUCGCCGACAGACAAUUCGUACAACGAUUCGUGUUACUUCGAAGCGGCGAGGCAACAACAGCAGCAGCAACAGCCGCAUUUGGAUUCGGGCAUCAAAUACACGUUGUCAAAGUGUGACAACUUCGCGGACAAGUCCUACUGUAUAUCUUCCAGCAACGGCGCGAAUGACUAUGUGUGUCCUAAUGAUCCUGGUGGAGUGCAGCCACAGUACACUAGCGUCAUUGUGGACGCGCAACAGUACCAAAUGGCAAACGGAUUCGUCCAUUGAUUUCAAUCUUUUUCUUUUCUAGUCGUCCGACAUACCUUGUUUCUGGACAGGAUGGACAAGUAUAAAUUUGUGAGAAAGUCAGCUUUACACCCACGUAGAGAUAUCCAGAAUGCUUGUAGUACUGAUGU